AUGAUUUUAGAGCAUUAUGAGGACCACUGGUUUCCCGACGCACCUUUUAGAGGUUCGGGAUAUCGCUGUAUCCGGAUCAAUCACAAGAUGGACCCGCUAGUAGGGAAGGCCGCUUACACCGUCGGCCUCAGCGGGAAGCAGCUUUUAUCCCUCUUACCCUGCCAGCUUACGGUGUGGGUCGACCCCUACGAAGUGUCGUGUCGUAUAGGGGAGGACGGGUCCAUUGGUGUACUGUAUGAGUCCGCACCGCCACCGGAGACUCAUCUGAACUCUGUGGACAGCUGCGAAGAGAAACUGAGACUGGGUCACUCGAUGACCGUGAUGACUGUCUCCAGCUAA